GUGGUAUAGUUUUGAUUUUUGAAAGAAAAAGGAAAUGACGACAAAAUCGUGAUGGAGAAUCAAGAAUGAUUAACAGAUAAACACUUCUUCUAUGUGGACUUACCAAUUAAUAAGUAAAUAAAUACAUAGUUUAAUAAUAGCAAGAUCAUCCCGAACAUUGUGUUCACGUCAUGGUAAUGUUAGUUGCUGCCUCAAUAAUACUAAACAAACCAUAUUGGCGGUGACAAUGAUGCUGCUAGUUCUUGUAGGUGUGAUUGCAAUGGCAGUGAUGAGAAUAAGGAAAUGGAAUCAAGUAGUUAAGGCACGCGUUUAGUUAUUAUUUAAAUUUAUUAUUAUGGAAUUUGAAUGAAAUUUCAUUCACUAUUUCACUGUGUAGGGAGUUGUCAUCUCAUCUCUUUCACUAAUUAAGUCAAUGUUAGUUGGUCACGGAUAACGGCCUGUGGAAUUUGAGAUUAAAUUUUCCCCGGAAAGCAAAAUUUUGUUCAUUUUCCCAUUCCUUUACAAUGGGAUGGAUCCACUGAAUUGGUAAAGCAAGCAAGCAAACAUCAAAAAUUGGCGGCAUGAGUAACGGAAAAAGGCAAGUGCCAAGUUUUAAAAUGCAAUUGAAAAUUUUAGAUGUUUUACUAUAUGAAUAGUUAUUGUGUCAUCCUCUUAGCUCUUUUUUGACUAAGCCAAAAACAACACCUUUUCUAUUCACAUCAAUAUUCUUCCCUUGUAGCUGACAAUCCUUUACACACAUGUUCUCAUAAACUUCCCUUUUCUAAUUGGUCUUUCAUGAUUUACAUUUUACACAGCUUUUUCAUGCCCCACAAACUUCCUAGUCUUCAAAUGCUUUUUUGAUAUAUAUACAUAAUAUACUAGUUAAUUUAGGAACAAUGAGAGCUUGAAACGUCCUUGAAGUGAAUAUUGAGGACGAAAUCUUCAUGGUUAACAAGGUAACUCUUUUUGUUUUUCAGUUAAUUUAGUUUUCUUGAGUGAAACUAUUGGUGAUUGGCAUGCUUGUUCUUUUUGCUCCUAACAGAAUGCGAGGUAGACCCUAAACAUAACAUUACACCAUAAAAGCAUGGCAGGCAUGUCACUUGUGGACCUACUUGCAAAACCCUUUACUAUUAAUUAUGGAUUCCACCAAGUGCAUUUUCAAACAUGACCCCCAUGAUUUAUUAUCUCAUAUUCUCAAAUACCCUUCUAAUUGUGUCAGCACAUUCAUUCACCUGCAAAGAAACUAGACAUUUCAAAACUUCUUCAGGAAAUGUAACCUUCAUACAUACUGUGCAGAAUAUGGGGGCCUGAAUUUAAUGAUUUUCAAGGGGAUGCACAAUUGCACAUGCUUUUGAUCUCAUAGUUUGGCUUAGCUACAAUAGUAGCAGAAUGGAGUUAACUCCGUCCAAUGUGGUCCGGCUAUGUUCUUCUGCCGACUUCUCAGAGAUGGAUUGUGAUGGUCUUGGAAUUGGAACUCCCAGCUUGAAACCACACAUUGAGAAAUUUCUUGAAGGGAUUCGCUUUUGGACUUUCUCUGAGCUCAUAGAAGCAUUGAAACAGUGUCAACACUUAAUUUCGUCCAAAAGUUAUUCAGCAAUUCUUGACAGAAUUGUGGAUCACUUGAUGGAAAGGCUCGCUUCGCCAUGUAAUACAAGCCCAUAUACAUGUUCCUCUAACCGAUCCAGCUCCCAGUUUUCCUCUGAUACUAGCAGUAACAACAGCUGGAGAAGUUACAGCUCUGGGGCUACAUGGUGGUUUGAACAUUUUCGGUUCUUGAAGAUUGAUUUGUUGGAGAAGGUCAUAAGGACAAUGAUAUCUCAUGAUUUUGAUCAUAUUGUAGUAUCUAAGUUUCUAUUCUAUUAUCACAGCUUCAAUUGUCUUGGUUCUGCACAAGCUGAGAUGAUUGGAACAACUAAGGUCAUAGUCAAUCUUCUUCCAUUGCUAGAUAUGAGAUCAAUUUCUUGCAGAGAUUUAUUCAAUCUUAAUAGAAUUGCUACUAGCUUGAGAAUAAGCAGAUGCUGCAGAAACAAGAUAGAAAGUCUUAUAGGUCCUCUGCUUGAUCAAGCAACAAUUGAUUAUCUACUUCUUCCAUCUCCACAUGGGAAGGAUCAUGCAUUUGAUGUUGAUUUUGUCCUGAGGCUCAUGCGUACAUUUUUGUUUGGAGGAAGUUUAGAGUUAAGUUUGAUUAGGCUCAAGAGAGUUGUGAAAUUGAUGGAUUUGUUCAUUGUGGAAGUUGCACCAGAUCCUCAUCUGAAACCUUCUGAAUUUGAAGCAUUGGUUGCAGUGCUCCCAGAUACAGCAAGGGAAUCUCAUGAUCAAUUAUACCUGGCCAUUGACAUGUAUCUAAAGGUGCAUGCAGGCUUAUCUGAAAAAGAAAAGAUGAGUAUCUGUUCUGCACUGAACCAUGAGAAGCUGUCAGCUGAACUUUUGAGACAUCUCACUAGAAACUUGGUGUUUCCUUCAGAAGCAAAACCUAGAGCUCAUGUUGCUAAACUGAGCCGAAUGAAAACCUUACUCCAGGAAAAUGAUCAUGUGAAAAACAUUUUUGACUCCAUGUUUCGAAAAAGCUUCAAGAACAUUGAUGUGAAAGAGGAUGUUGAAAGCAGAAUUCAUGAUGCUGAAGAUCUUAAGCAAUCAUCUGAAGUUCAAAAGCUUAGAGGAGACUUGGAAGGAACGGAGAGUGAAAAGAAGUCAGGGAUUAAUGUAAUGAACAAUGCUACAUACUUGCCAAAACUCUGUUCAUGAUUAUUAGUUUCAUAUUUGACACUGAAUUUUGAGUUUUCCCUUGUAGCUUUACCACACUAUUUAUCUUCUAGUAUUCAUGUACAUAUAUUCUAUUCUAUGUAACAGACUUCAAAUAUGAUUUUAUACAAGAGAGAAUUGCCAUUUUG